CUCCAUUCUGCUGCUACUGUGCCGAGAUACAUUCACAUCGCUGUCCCUAAUUUGGACCAGUAAUAUACCAACGCCAUGAUCAAGAAAUUUGUGGAUUGGCUGAUCAGUUACAUCAUCAGUGUCUUAGAGCGCGGACGUGGCUGGCUUUUCACGCAAGACAGCAGAGAGCGCGAGAGCCUGCUUCCGCAACACAACCCUCCUUUGGAAAACAGACUUUUACAACACACUUCAUUUGCACCUAAAACAAGCUACCAAGCCAUGGAGGAAAUUGGAAUUCGCCCCGUUGAGGUUGCGCCUGGAAUCAAGGACCUGGGCGUGUCGCUGAUUAGGCCCGAGCUGCUUGGCGACCUGGACGAAACGGACCUGUACCUGCGCCAGAAGCGCCUUGAGCGGCAUUUGGAGCUGUUGGAGCUGCAGGAGGAGUAUAUCAAGGACGAGCAGAAGAACCUGAAGCGUGAGCUGGUGCGUGCGCAGGAGGAAGUCAAGCGCAUCCGCGCAGUGCCGCUGGUGCUGGGCCAGUUCAUGGAGCCGAUUGACCGCGACACGGGUAUCGUCACGUCGACGGCGGGCUCAAACAACCUGGUGCGCAUACUGUCGACCAUCGACCGCGAGCUGCUGAAGCCCAACACGUCGAUUGCGCUGCACAGGCAUUCGAACGCUGUGGUCGAGGUUCUGCCUCCCGAGGCCGACUCGAGCGUUGCUCUGCUGGACGCCAACGAGCGGCCGGAUGUGACGUAUGCCGAUAUCGGUGGCCUGGAUAUGCAGAAGCAGGAGAUCCGUGAGGCGGUGGAGCUGCCGCUGACGCACUUUGACCUGUACAGACAGAUUGGUAUUGACCCACCGCGCGGUGUGCUGCUGUAUGGACCGCCGGGAACGGGAAAGACCAUGCUUGUCAAGGCUGUUGCACACCACACCACCGCUGCUUUCAUUCGCGUCAACGGCUCGGAGUUUGUGCAAAAGUACCUUGGCGAGGGACCGCGCAUGGUGCGCGAUGUGUUCCGUCUGGCACGCGAGAACUCGCCGGCAAUCAUCUUCAUUGACGAGAUCGACGCGGUGGCGACCAAGCGCUUCGAUGCGCAGACGGGCGCUGAUCGUGAGGUGCAGCGUAUUCUUCUUGAGCUGCUCAACCAGAUGGAUGGUUUCGACCAGACGUCCAACGUCAAGGUCAUCAUGGCCACCAACCGUGCCGACACGCUCGACCCGGCCCUGCUGCGCCCUGGUCGCCUGGACCGCAAGAUCGAGUUCCCGACGCCCGACCGCCGUCAGAAGCGCCUGAUUUUCCAGACAAUCACAUCAAAGAUGAACCUGUCGGAGGAGGUCGACCUCGAGGAUUUCGUGUCGCGUCCCGACAAGCUCAGCGGCGCCGAGAUUGCUGCCAUCUGCCAGGAGGCCGGAAUGCAGGCAGUGCGCAAGAACCGCUACGUCAUCCUCCCCAGCGACAUUGAAACCGGCUACAAGUCUAAUGUCAGCAAGCAGAACACCGACCUCGAGUUCUACCAUUAGAAACGCCUCCGAAAUGGAUGGAAUAAAUCUUUUAUUUACUUGGACUC